AUGGCUCGUAUGGAUCUAAACAAAUUAAAAGAAAAGUACAAUUUGCGUGAACCCGAACGUGGCGAUCUUGAUGACACAACGAUUGUGUGGAGAUCUGGAAAACCUGAUUAUGCUAAGGCCAAUCUCGCAUUUCUCAAGGGAAAAACACAAAAUCAUAAAGCUGGUAUGUUGAAAACGAAAUAACUUUUGGAGUUGAUUCAAUUCCUUGAAAUUUACAGCGUUGGCUUACACACGGAGGGGUUAAAAUACGGAGAAGCUUAUAUUCGAAAUAAUGGCCUGAGCGUUAGUGAAUAUGGUGGGCUUAUACACUUGGGGACUUAUAUUCGAGGGGGUUUAUAUUCAGAAAUUAGCGGGAUAUGUUAUGAUUCAACCGACCAACUUAAGUUGGUAUGCCAGCAAAUUGCCCAUCUCAGUGUUUAUUUAGUUUUUUAUUUAUUAUUGCUAAUUUACAUGACAAUUCAAUGAAACCAAAAUGUUACAUUUCUCAGAAGCGAAAAUAAACAUUGAAAGGGGAUAUUAAGUUUAUGUUGGUCUAUAUUUAUCUCUCAACGCAGAUGUCGGUUUCCAAAAUCCUCAGGAAAGAGCAAUGCUUAUGUUGAGCGGAAACAGGUGGCUGAACUUCAAUUGAAAUGCAUGCAUACAUGGUUACAUAAGAUACCAUCAUACAUUUGUUGAGAAACGGAAAUGAGUAAAGACUGCUGUAGGGACUCUUCCUUUCAUAUUGCCGUGCGAAACGAAUAUCGAUAUCACUGAAAUGCUUAAUAAAAUUUCCAUUAACGACAUUCUAUCCCCCCAUGCAGCAUGUCCACUUAUACAAGGUGUCUAAAAAAAACGUUAUGGAAAUUCAACAGGAUGUCGCGCAUCAUAAACGUGGCUAAACAAUUCAAUUUUUACAUAGGACGAAAGAACAGUUAUUUAGCUUUUCAAUUAUACUCUUUUUAAAUCCUAACGAUGAGAAAUGGCCACAUACUCGUCAAGUAAAAAAUGCCAGUCGAAAUCACAUUCUUUCGCCGUUAGGAAUUGCAUGGAAAAGGAAACAUAAACAAUUCCCCCAAGAGGGAAUUAAAAUGGAAUGUUAAAUUAUCUAAAAUAAGCUCAACUCGUGAAUCUUCGUCUUUUAAUUAGUGAGACCAUAAGAACGUCAUUAUCGCAUUAAACAUGGUUCAAUUAACCACUUAACAGAGAACAUUAUAGUAAUCAAAACGUUUUACGAAACAAGUACCUUGCUGCGCAGCAGGCUCGUGUUCCUUUUGGAUUGAUUAACUUUGCAUAAUUAAUGUAGUUUCAAUUCCCAACGGUGGAAGAAUGUGAUUUCGACCGCGAAUUUUUAUUUGACGAGUAUAUAUGUGGCCAUUUCUCAUCGUUGCGGCUUAAGAAAGGCAUUAUAGAAAAGCUAAAUAACUGCUCUUUCGUCCUAUGCAAAAAUUGAAUUGUUUAGUUAAGUUGGUGAUGCACAACAGCCUGUUGAAUUUCCAUAGCAUUUUUUCAGACACCCUGUAUUGGUAUGUGUAUUGUGGUGCCUGCUUUCAUGGUUACAAACUAAUCAUAGUCGGUCUACUAUUUUUGAUAAUUCUUUUCUUUGCAUACCCCUUCAUCGUUUCGAGGUUCAGGUAUUCAUGGUUACCAAUAAAUAUUAUUGUUGUAUAUACCUAUACAUGAUAUGGGAUAUAGAUCGUUUCCACUGAUCGCAUGAGAAACCCUAAAAUCUAAAUUACUAAAGCUGUAAGGUGCCAUGCAAGUCUAGACUACUUCCUAUAUAAAUCGCCCAUUCGCCCUAAUUAAAGGUGUGUUCACCUAAAGGUUUAUGUCAAUAUAUACUAUUCAGUAUUUCUUCUUGAGGUCAGGAUUCGAUGUUGAAAAGGUGUUAAAACUAUUUCAUACCGACAAUUAAGUUUUAAAAUGCUUGAGUUAAGUGAUUAUAAGAAUAAGAAGUGAUGUCUGGUCGCCAACAUUUUAAGGUCGCCAACCUUUUAUAUAUUUUAUUAAAAUAUAUAUACAAGAUUCGAAACAUUUUGUUUAAAAUUCGGCUUCACUCGAGCACUUGCUUGUCGCCGAUUACGCGGCCCUGAAUGUGUACAUCAAUAUACACAGUAUAUAGAGGCCAAAAAUAAUGUUUUAAGAUGCCUUUCAAAGUAGGAUUGCAUGAGGCGAGGUUACUAAUCGGGGCGAGGUUACUAAUCGGGGCGAGGUUACUAAUUCCGCUCGGCUCACCCGGGGAAAAGAAAGCAUUAUAGCGGAAUCUAAAGUUCAUCAAUAAUCGCGGGCGCGUGGCUAUGUUUCAUCAUGUCAUGGGUGAACCUCGCUGAUCUCAAUUAAUUAAAAUAUGGCUGUUUGCCAGGAUCAAGUGGGAUAUAAGCAAGAUUUCAAUUUGCCUGAACAUAUAUUUGGAAAGUUGUUUCAUACAAUGAGCUUUCAUGCAAUUUUGGUCUAUGGGAAGUCGUGAAAUAUAGGGAAUGUUUGCUUUGAAUGUUUACUGUUUAUGAAUUUUGUGGUUUUAUUUUUUGCGUAAAACAUGCAAUGAACUUGCUUCCCUUUCAAAUAUGUAGCUUUUCCUUUUCAAAAUUCCUAGCUCUGUGCAAUAGUCUACAUUUAGCGUUCAAAACUGGUUUUUUUGGUGCCUUUCGACGUUAUAAUGAUGAUUGUAACCUUGCCUACGACGGUAAGCGUCUAAAAUGGAACAAUAACUUAAUUGACAAAUUGCAGAAAUUUUUAAAAAACAUUGCUGGAUUAAACGGCAAGCCGCAAAUGGACUUCGCCGGGUGGCAACUCAAAGAAGUUUAAGAGCAGCAAUUCCGAUCUGACAAUAACGUGGUACUGCGGUAAGCAGAGAAUGCUUUUAUUCCAAGGUAAAGAGGGAUAUUUGUUCAGGGAAUUCUUGAUAAAUAUCUGCGAAACGAAGGCUGUAUCUGUGAGCCCUAUUGAAGUAAAAUCGCCGCCCCGGCAAGUCAAUAUAGACAAGAAAUCAGCUGGGGUCACAAGGGUUUAUUUUGAUGACCUAACUAACACAUGUACCUAUAAGCAAAGACACGGCAUCGGUUGCUGAUACCUCAACGCUCAAGGAACUUGAGGAUUUUAUUGACAAUUCAUUUUAUAAUGCGACCACUUUGCCGAGGGAGGACUGUACUAGAAAUUUCGCCCAAGAAAUCGGUAAUUCUACUCCAUAUCAGAAGCGUGUUAAUGAUAAUUCCGUUACAAUGGAGGCACGUUUUUUCAUUUUUAAAGAAAAGAUCGAAUCGGAAAUGGUAAAUUUGUUGGAAAAACUUUCUGAACAAGUUAAAAUUAUAAAUACAAGUAAACAAGAUUUAUGCAGAUUAAAUAGAGUGAACUUGACCUUAAAGUCAUGAAUUUCCGAACUGGAGGGGAACGUUUUUUCUAUUGAAAAGUCUCACGGAACAGAAACAAAAGCAUAAAUAGUGAAAUGGUUAAAUAAAAUCCAGUCAAUUCAAUUAUAAACGACUGAAAAUCACUUAAGGAAGUCUACUGUAUACUAUACCGUAAUGUAUUUUGUGUAGUGAAUAUAAUGUUCCUGCCGACAUUGAAAUGCAAAUGUUUGGCGAUGACCAACGAAGCGGCUCAUUAGCAACGGAAAGUAAUAACAAACUGCCGAACUCAACAAAUGAUAAUAAAGAUAAUGACGGGAAAGUGAAUUAUGAAACCACUCCACUUAGCAUAAACGGCAACUCAAGCAUACAUGAAAUCUCAAUUGUUGAAACAAAUAAAGAAAGUUCCAAAGAAAAUUAUAAACCAUGGGAUCAAUUAAUUGUUAGUAACAACCAACGCCAUAAUCAAAAUAGCCUUCAACAAACAAAUUUAAUUAGCCCUCAGGGUUUUGAUCAAGUGGAACCAAACUGUGAUAGUAAUCAGUGCUCAACAAACAGAAUUCACAACAUAUGCAAAUGA